AGAGUGCUCAGAAAAUGACAUUCACUCAACCAAGACAUUCACCGUCGACACACUCUGCAUCAUCUUGCAUAGAUGACAGUAAAUCCGAAAUGCCUGCUGCCCCAGGUGCAACAGACGACGAUGACUUUGCCAAGCCACCCCUUGGACUCCCAACUCGGUUCCCUAUACUCGUCUAUGCUCCCUGCAUCAACACCUGCCCGCCCGGACUCUAUCAUCCUCUCACACGAGGUAGCACCUUUGGCACCAAAGCCAUGCGGACGGAGUCGUUCAUCAAAAGCUUUCCUACUCCUUCCUCUCCCUGCCCCGCCUUCAACGACCGUCCCACCUGUUCUACAGCUCCCAGUCUCUGCCUAUGAAUCGCGGCCAUCAUUAUGUGACAUGUCUGAACAAGCACAACCACCAUUACGAAUGUAUACUCUACAGAUGCAUACCAUAGGCGAUCAUGAUAUGAAACAGUGUUUCCGUUCACAUUGUGUUUAUCUAGAUCUUGUCGAACGUUUUCGGAAACAGUUAGAAUCAGAAGUCGAAGUAGGGGGUUUCACGAGGGAUCUAGCAGGAGCGACAGUGCAUCGUGGACUGAUCUGUACGGAGAUAAUAUUGUCCUCGCAUGUCUUAUCUAGCAUCUACCAAUCUCACAAAAAUCACGACCACUCCACUUGACGAUGCAUCGAUCAAAUCUCCAAAUUACUAUAGUAACUCGCGCGUUAGCCAUACUGCGCCAAUGUGAAGGCAGAAACAUGACCCACUACACAGAAAUUCAUUGACUGUCAUUCCUCGCAAGUUGCGUCAAUCCGGCAAAAGAAGGGACAUUCUGGGCACUAUCUUAAUGGGCGUCGCAGAGAUUGAUGAUGCUAAAGUAGCAGUGACGGCAAGGACAAUUGCAAAGGAGA